GGCAACUAAGAGCCCUUUUGUUUAUGUUUUGUGUGACACUGAAAGAGUAAUAAAAAUACUCACAUUGACUGAUUAUACUCACAUUGCUGCCUCCUUAAUCCUCCAUUUCCCCUGAAAACAUGAAAAUUGUUAUAGUGGUGCCAAAACUCACGAGUGGAGGAUAACGUCAUCAUGGAAGCUUCACCACUGGGCGAAGUAAUCAAGUCCCUCGCCAGCAGAAUCAACAUCAAGCCCUCAUGGAUUUAUGCCUGGAGCAGGAAAAGCAUUUCCAACUCCUGCUCCAGGCCAAAGCGAAGGAUCGGCAGGCAUUCCUGAGCAUGAACAACAGAGAGGGGGCUGUAGCUGCGACCCCGGAGCCAAAAACCCCUGUUACCCUCAUCAAGAUUGGGCUGAGCGUUGAUCCUGAUGCCUGCCUCGACUUAAUUAAGACUGCAAAGCUAUGUAAACGGCCACCCGACCAGAGGGAGGCCCGCCUGUUAACAUUGCUCUCAUGGAAAGCGCAGCUAGCAGCCCAGCAACUUCUAGCCGCCAACCUCCUCGACUACAGGGAUCUGAAGAAAGGGUCGGGUCGGCAGUAGUGCUGAGCAGAAGUGGGAGUGCUUCAGGACCCUGAAGUUUGGGAAGCACAGCUGCCCGUUUUCUUUGGUGCAACAGCUACGGGAUGCCUGUCAAAAAUGGCUGCUGGCUGAGGGAAACCGCGGCGCUAUGGACAUCGUUGACCUGGUGACACUGGAGCAAUAAAUCUCCCAACUUCCUCAGGGGAUGGCCGAGUGGGUCCAGUGCCACUGAUCGGCGUCGCAAGAUGGCGUCCAGCUGGCAGAAGAUUAAAAGAUGGCAUUUCCGGGAGGCAGCGAUCCUCCAGAGGUUGACGAGACUGCCCCUAUGGGCACGGUAGGGAAGCCUGGGCCGGUCUAUGUGAUUUGUGGGGAAGCCAGCUACUGCCAAGAUUGGUGCCCAGUGAUGGAGGUGUGAAUGCUGAUCCGGAUCCCUGAUGCUCCACAGGCCAUCUCCGAUUGGUCAGGGGCGUAUCGGAUACCUGCAGAUUAUGUAUGACACAUUGGCUAUACCUCAGAUGACCCCUCUGUGAUUCAAUCGGCAGCAAAGUGAGAGGCAGAGAGACCAAUCAACCAAAAUCGGUGAAGUCACAAUGUGUUCCCGGUGAGUAAUUCCACUGUGCCAUUAUCACCCCCACUGUAAAUGGAAGACACUUCCUGUGCAUUUAUCUUCAAUGACCAGGAGAAGCGAGAUGCGUGAUGGAAGAGUUUUUGAAAAUGUGACGUCAUAAGCACAAAAAAAAAAGACAGAUGGACGAGCGCUCGCCCAUCAGGCCAAACUUGUUUAAAGGCAAAUCGCUUCUAUUCCAGCUCCAAAAAAACCUCUUUAAUAAUAUUUUAUUUCUGCUCUGUGAAGGAUGCGCUAAAGCAGUUCUCCGUCGGGAGGGGGGAAAGGAAAAUAAAGAAGCUGCAGUGAUGUACUGGCCUGCUUUCUUAUCUGCCCGCCAGUGCAUGGGUCCUGAGACACUUGUGAGGUUUUAUUUUAGGACGCUUUUAAGUAGGUCAGCUCUCUCGUAGGUCUCGUCUAUGACAGCACAGUGGCUCAGUGUAAACAACAGCACAUGAUGUUGUUUGUGUCUAGCUCCAUCCUGGCACAAAAUGCACCCCCUCCCCACAUCCCAUGUGUCUCCCACAAUUCUCUCUUCCAUUUCCAACCCAAAACCUUAAAAGCAAGGCCAUUCACCUCUGACAAUCACACAUACACUGACAUUCAAGGAAGAUCGUCCUGCUUCAGUGGACUCAUUGGUGUUUGUACGUUAUAACAUACAUUACAUUUUAAUUAAAAUACAUAUAAUUUGUUGUUCAUGUGAAUAGUCACUGAAACAUACAAUAUCAACAUAUUCACAGCAUCUAAAAUGUUAAAGCUUUUAUGUACGUUCGACUGUGGAGAUGUAUUAAUCUUUACGAAUCCUCUGACAACUGGCAAGAUCAGGAUAUCGCUGGAGGUGAACAAGUUCAAAUUGUCUGAGAAAGCAGUUUUUAAUGGAAAAAAUUUGUAAAUAGCAUCUGCUACACAGCACAGCUGUGGGUGCAAAUAGGUGAAAUAGGUGAAGCCUCGGCUGUACCAGAGCCAGAGCCAGUGCCUGAAGCCUCAGACUUAAUUUUUUCCUCGUCAUGCCAUGUUGCCAUGCUUGCCUCACCAUGCCAUAUUACCACGCCUGCCUCACCAUGCCAUGUUACCACGCCUGCCUCAUCAUACCAUGUUGCCACGCCUGCCUUGUCGUGCCAUGUCGUCACGCCUGCUUCAUCACGCCAUAUCAUCACGCAUACCAUGCCAAGCCACGUCAUCACGCCUGCCAUGCCAAGCCAUUUUGUCACGCCUGCCAUGCCAAUCCAUGUCGUCUCACCUGCCAUGCCAAGCCAUGUUAUCAGGUCUGCCUCAUCAAGCCAUGUUGUUACGCCUGCCAUGCCAUGCCUUGUUGACCUACCAUGCCAAGCUGCCAUGUCUGACCCGCCAUGCCAAGCCACUAUGUCUAACCCACUAUGCCAGGCCUCCUUAACCCUUGGGACUCUGCUUCCAACGGCUCUGCCCCCUGGGUCUCCUCCUCCAGCGGCUCCACCCCUGAAAGUACAGCAUACCAGUCUGCCUCGUCAGCCUCGCCAUGCCACGCUGCCUCAUGAUGAAACACUGCCUUGUCAGUCUCGUCAGGCCCUGCUUCACAGCCCAUGUCUGUCUUGCCUGCCCACUGGCUCCGCCGUGGUGUCCUGGUCCACGACAGUCUCAGGGCCUUCCACCAAUUCCACCCUGGUCUCCUGGUUCACGCCGUCUCCGGGCCCUUCACACGCUCUGUUCUGGUCUCCUGGUCCACAACGGUCUAUGGGCCCUUUGCCGGCUCCUCCCUGGUCUCCUGGUCCAUGCUGGUUUCUGGGCACUUUGCCAGUUCUGCCCUGGUCUCCAGCCUGUCUCCUGCCCUGGUCUCCCAUGUUCUAUUGCCCAAUCUGGUCCCCUGGUCUCCCUGCCUCACAGCACAUGUCCGUCCCUGCCCUAAGAUCCAGAUCCACCACAGCCCCCCAGGUCCACCAUUGCUUAAUAGCUCCCAGAUGAACACUUGUUGUGUUUUUUUUGGGGUGUUUUUUGUGGGGCAUAGGGAGCCAGACUUAGUUCACUCUUGCUACUGGUUGUUUUGUUAUCUUGUUAACCCUAGUCUGUGUAUUUAAGCCCUCAUGUUUUCCAUUGUCCUUUGUCAAGUAUUGUGUGUUUGUAACAUUGAUUUUCACUCUUAGUUUAUUUGUUCAUUGUCAUGGUUGUAGUCUUGUUUAGUUUAGUUAAUUGUUCUGAAUUUGUUUCGAUUUAUGUAUACUGUAACAUUUUUGUUUAAUAAACUGCACUUGGGUUCCUCGCAUCAUUGUCUUCAUCUGUUCCUGUGCCUAUAUUGCCUUGCCUGCCCAUCCACGUUACAGGUCUAAAUAGUAUAUACCAUUAUUUGCACCAGGGUGCAAAUAGCAUCUGCCUGAAAGUAAAUCCAUAUACAUAUACAUUCUCUGGGUUCGCGAGCAUAUUUCUGAAACACGUCACAAAAAUGAACUGAAACUCUGUGAAUAAUUAUCACACAAACAUGAAACAUAUGUCUAAAGAAAGCUUAAAAUGUCUACUUUUAAAUAAAACAAUUCAAAUUUUCAAAUAUUCUCCUGCAAUGUAAUCUGUAUGAAACAAAGCGAUGUACAGUUUUUACUGGCUCAGCUAAUGAUCUUCGUUAUCUCUAAUAUGAUCACACCCACGGUCAGAGGACGCCAUUCAUACGGUAAUGUGCUGACACGAUCAAAUCAAAUGGUAAACGUCCCCCGACUGUGCCUUAAAGACAAAGUCAUUCACUUUUCUGUGCGUUUGAAAGACAGCAAACUCCUGGAUAGUGAAGAGUUACAAUUUUCCUCAGAAGAAGAGCGGGACUCCGAUGAACGUUUGUAUGUUGAAGAGAGACUUGAUCCAGCCGAGGAUACAAUUUUGGACAAGUAAGUCAUUUAGUUUUCAUUAGUUGACAUGCUAUU